AUGUCUACAAGACGAAGAAGUAGAAGUAAAGAUAGGAAAAAUGUGCCAGCAAAACUUAGAAUGGAUACAAAACCCCAGGCAAUUCGAAUUACAGACCCUAGUUUACCUGCUGGCAGAAGAAGAGAAAUUGAUAAUGUUAUGAAAAAAGCUAGGGCUCAAAAAUCACCUAAUUCUGGCGUAUUUUGGGACAAAAAACUGUUGGAAGUCGAAGCUAAAGAUCCAAACAGGUGGCGCCACAGCGGCUAUAAAUCUCUGUAUAUCGACGGUUCGUCGUCUCCAUCGUCCAACGGUAGACGAAGUCGUUCGCGGUCGUUUGGUCACGGCUCUUCACCCGCAACAGGUCGCCGCACUUCGCCGCCUUCUAUGCGUCGCACGUCGCCGGCAAUGUACGGAGGACGCUCUGCGCGCUCGCCUCGUUCCCCGAGAUCGCCGCCUCCGCGUAGCACCCGUUCUCGUUCUCGAUCUUCCUCGCCUCAUGCUCGUCGUAGAUCGCCACCGCCUUCGUAUAGAAGACAUGUACCUGGAGGUGGCAGGCCGCGUUCUCCGCCAUCACCAAGGGACCCACCGUCAUCUAGACAUCUGAAGAGAAGAUCCGUUUCGAACAGCUCUAUUAGUAGCUGUUCUGAUGACUCUUGUUCCGUUUGUUCUCCAAAGGUUCAUAGAAAUGCUAGAUCGAGAUCAAGAUCAUUUUCACCGAGACCACGCAAACAACCUCCCAAAGUUGUUUCACCUCCUCCAAAAUCACGAGUUCGUCAACGACCGCCGUCACCAUCACCAGUGCCCAAACGUGUAUCUAGACCCACGACUCCUCCACCAGUGCAAAGAAAACUUCCGAAACCAAGUACCUCAGAUAGACCUACUGAUCCCAGGAGACAACCACCGCCUCCAAGGCCAAGGGGAAGUACCGGCGAAAUUAUCAAUGUUAGAGGUGUGAAACCUCCUGCUAAACCUGGAACCCUUAAAAAAAUUGGGGAAAAACCUAUGGUGAAACCGAUGGUGCUGAAAAGGAUCAAAAAAGAACGAACAGGUAACAGACCAGGUUCUCCAGGUGGCGAAUCAUCCGGUUCAGCUGAUAGUGGUCCCGCUGUAUUACCUUCGCCAAUAGUAGCUACUACAAAUUUGACUUUGUCAGAAAGAUUUGGAAAAAUAGCCCAGUGGAGUGCAGAUAGGGAGAGAAGGGAAAUGGAGAACAUGCGGAUUACGAAAACGGGAGGCAGCAUGAAAGUGUUGGUAGAAGAGGACUUUCUUUACGGCAGUCCCCCAAGAAGUUUGUCUCCAGUUCCAACAGGUCAUUUUCCAGAUAAGUUAAUGUCAUCCGGCCAAUCAAGACAAGCCGCAUGGGACGACGUACGAGUCCGUUAUCAAUACUAUAAAGAUCUGGGCUACUUGCGUGAUCUUACAUUGGACGAUUACGUCAAAUGGGAGGAAUGGUGGUAUAAAUACCAAGACUGGUUGGCCAACGAGCGACAUUACGAACAUUGGCUGGCCACUCAAGGUAGCGGUAGGCGGAGAGGCAAGAAACGUUUACCUGCAACACAGCGGUUAAAUUAA